CAUGUUUCGUACUAACUCUAGUUUAUUGCACAAUAAAAUAAGUGUGGAAAGAACCUUGUGAUUUGCUAAUUUAUAAAUUAUACUUAUUAAAUCCACACCGAGAUCUGCUUUUAUUAGUGUUUCUCGUUAUCGCAAAAAUGUUCAACAGGUAAGUCACACGUUUUCUUAAAUUUGUCAAAUUAAUGACAAAAGUGUCAGACAUACCCAAAACUACAAAAAAUGAUAAAAGAUUUGGCAAAUACUUGGUUUUCCUCGUCACAGCCGGCUUAAUUCUGUCCAUAAUCGGCACAAGCAUUUACUUUGUUUUCUUCCACAACGAGACAAUAUUUCGGGGGGCUGUAGUGACCAACGGCGGCACAUGUGCCCAAAUCGGGGCCUCCAUCCUCUCCAAAGGGGGCACCGCCGUCGACGCCGCCAUCGCGGCCCUCUUGUGUGACGGCGUCUCAGUGCCGAACUGUAUGGGGAUCGGGGGCGGUUUUUUCAUGAACAUUUACACCAAGGACAAGGGGGUUGAGUUCCUCGAUUCGAGGGAAGUGGCACCGGGGGCUGCCAGUGAAAACAUGUACGGCACCAAUCAAAGUCUGGCGAGUCGAGGGGGCCUCGCUGUGGCGGUGCCCGGCGAACUGAAGGGGUACUGGGAGGCCUACAGGAAAUAUGGGGGCAAAGUGCCGUGGAAGGAUUUGGUGCAACCGUCGAUAGAUUUGUGCAAAAGCGGGAUUUUGGUCACGAAAUAUUUGGAAAAAAUGCUAGCAUUGCAAGUCGAUGUUAUUUCAAAAGAUGAGUUCCUUCGGGAGACUUUUAUUGACCCGAAAACGAACAAAACGUACGUCCAAAACCAGUACAUUAAGAGACCUAGACUCGCCAAAACGUUAGAAAUCGUGGCUGAGUCCGGUCCUGAUGCUCUUUAUAAUGGUACUCUAACUGAGGGUUUUUUGCAAGAUAUACGCAACAAAGGUGGAAUAAUAACACGAGAAGAUUUGAUUAAUUUCAAGCCACAGUGGAAAAAACCAAUACAAAUCCAAUUACCUCUAAACCAGACACUUUACACCCCUCCGCCGCCAGGCUCUGGUGUUAUUUUAAGCCUAAUUAUGAACAUUUUGAAUGGGUUUUUAGAUUUUUCCCAACCUAAGUUGCUAACAAACUGGCAACGAGUCGUCGAAAGUUUCAAAUUUGGUUUCGCUAAGAGAACAACCUUAGGGGACCCAAAUUUUGUCCCAAUGGAUGACUUUGUUGGUAAUCUUACGUCGAAAUGGUUCGCCGAAGAAAUGAGGAAGCAAAUUUUCGACACUAAAACGUUCCAAAACCAGUCGUACUAUGGAGCUGAUGUGUACGAACCAGAUGACCAUGGUACUGCCAAUUUGUGCGUUUUGGCCCCAAAUGGCGACGCGGUGGUCGUGACUAGUACCAUCAACCUUGACUUUGGGGCCGGUUUUAUGUCCGGAAGUACCGGAAUUAUUUUAAACGAUCAAAUGGACGACUUCUCUUCUCCCGAUUUCCCCAACAGUUACGAUGUACCACCUUCACCAAACAACUACAUAAGACCGGGGAAAAAACCCGUCUCUUCAAUCCUACCAACUAUCAUUCUCGACGGUGAUGAUAACGUCCGGUUAUUGGUGGGUGGUUCCGGUGGUACCAAAAUUAUAACGUCUGUGGCCUUGGCCAUUGUUAAACACUUGUGGUUUAAUUAUACGAUCGAAGAGGCGGUUGCUGACCCGAGAUUGCACCACCAACUUUUUCCAAUGAAACUUUUUUUUGAAAAGGGAUUUGAAAAUAACAUGGCGCUUGUUAAUGCUCUUUAUACUAUAGGCCACGAGUAUGAAAUACUGGGGCCUGCGGAUGGUUUUAAUACUGUGACAGCCAUUUCGAGGCGGAAUGAGUCCUUGAGUGCCGCUUUUGAUCCCCGAAGAGGCGGCGAUAAAGCGUUUGUUGUUUAAAUUUGUAAAAUUUAAUUGUAAUUUGUGAAAAUAAAAAGUAACAUCUCAA